AUGCAGGCAAAAGGCAGAAAGGGAGUGGACUGUGACUCCUUCAGAGCAACCCAGCGACCAGAGCAGAGCGUCAUGCAAGCCCUCGAGAGUCUUAAUGAUGGACAAGUGAAUGACUUCUUGACGGGCAAGGCCCCCCUCAACUUGACCAUGCGCCUUGGUGACCACAUGAUGCUGAUCCAACUGCAGCUGUCCACGGUGUCCCCAGGCGGGUCCAGAAAGUCACGCCUCCAGACCAACCAUUCUCACUCACACAGCCAUGCACACUCCCAUGGCCAUAGCCAUUCUCACACUCACACACACUCCACGCACAGCCACAGCCACAGCCAUGAACAAGGAGGUUCUGCUCGUACCUCUGCACACAGCCAUCCUCUGACCCCUCCCUAUACCCCUCAUAGUCCGGUCACGUGUGCAGGCUACUCCCCUGUGCACACAUCCCCUGUGUCUGGCCAAUCCACACCCCCAGCCUCUGUCACUAUCAACCCUAGUCAAAUCUCUUCCACGACAUCUUCGUCAUCUGCUAGGGCUGCCUCCCCAUCUUCCCCGUCUUCUACAUCUUCCACAUCCUCUUCCCCAACCUCCUCAUCAGCGUCCUCUUUGCUUCACCACCACCACCACCACCACAAUAAUCUCCUCCUCCACCACCACAGUGCGGGUUACUCAUCUCCCUCGUCCCCACCCCCACCCACUUCUCCGUACUUAGCCACGCCCCUCACCAUCACCACCACCACCCCAGCCUCUUCCUCGUCAUCAUCCUCAGGUGGAUCCAGUGCCAGCUCUCCUUCAGGCCUUGGCUAUGACAGUGACUUGCCUGUGAGAGGGUGCCCUCAUAGGGGCGAGGAGAUGGAUCUCAGGGCUACUCUGGACACCAAGGCCCUAGCAGAGGCUUCUCGUAAUCUUACUCAGACCCUCAAGCAGCUCUCUUCUGAGGUCCUCACGUCCAAGCCAGAGCUGAAAGAGGAGAGUCGAUCCCCUCCAGAAAUUGCUGCAACAUAUUUAGGCACAAAAGGAGCCAGUGAUGGCACCAACAAUAUUGGCCCUAGCAGUACCCCUAGUAGUUGUAACAGCAAUGGAAGCAGUGGCUCCAGCAGCACUAGUAGUAACAGCAGCUACACCAGCAGUGGCAGCAGAGGUACCCUCAACCCAGCACUGCAGGACAGGCAGGGACGGCCAAAACGGGAUAUCUCAACAAUAAUCCACAUACUCAAUGACCUCUUGUGUGCCACACCGCAGUAUCGUCGCCACAACACCAGCAUUACCCUUAGUUCAACAACGCCAUCCAGGACCAAGAGUUCUGGGAGCAGUGCACCCAAGGAGAAGGGAAAGCCAUUGAAUACCUCUUCAACAGAAAUCCCACAAUCUCAGGAGGAAAUGAUGGAGGCAAACAGGAGGAAAGCUGUUGAUGAACCACAAGCUGGUGACCAGGAUUCAGGUGAUGAGAACCAAGCAAUGCGAACAAAGGUGGAGCAGCUACGCCUAAUCAUGGAGCAGCGGCGGGCCCGGCGCAAAGCUCGGCGUGAUGCCCGGGCACGCCCAUACCCACACACUGCUGCAUCAUGGGCCACAGACACCACAGUGCCUGCUGUUGUCACCACAACCAGUACAGCAGCAGCAUCUGCUACACAAGCAAUGGAUGUGGAUGGAGGAGAUACUGAUGGUACUGAUCCCACCACCCUUUGUGAGCUCAACUCAGAGACUGUAGUGGCUUAAUGAUGGCCCAUCAUUAGAAGGAUGUUAGGUUAAUGUGUAGGGAGGAUUUGCCACUGUGAAUUGUUUAGAUGGAUUUAGGUGUAAGUGAUGAGUAUACCUUUGCACAACUGCCUAUAGCCCAAGGUGACUCAAUUUAGCCAAGGUGGUCAAGCCUUUAUGUUGAAAGUCUUGUCAUUUGGCAGGAAGUAAGAAAAUGCAAGGUCUGUUGUCUGUGAUUUAGGGUUGACUGUGUUGCAGCAGAACUGUGACACAAAAGCAGUGUUUGAUGAUGUGCUUCCAUUGUUGGAAAAGGUGAGUGUUCCAGAUCAAUCAAGGAAGGAGACUUCCCAAGGUGUGAGGAACUCAACUAAUAAAUUGUUUUAGCACUGUUUGUCUAAACUACCUUAAGGGGAGCGACAAUAAUGUCUUGGGGUUGAUUUUAAAAAAGGAAAAAUAAAAAACAAAAACAAACAUAAAUAAAAAUGAUCAGCAUUAAUCAGAUUAUGAUGAAAAUAGUGUCAGAGCAUGUUAAAAAUCCAUUUCUUGAUUAUUGAAAGCUCUGCAGGGUACCCGAGCCAUGCUCUUGCUUGUGGUUUAGAAUGGUCUUGACAUCUUAUUGCAUGUAUUAGUUGAUCCUUUGAGCCCCAGAUGAACCCCUCUUGAUGUGACACUCAGGAACCACAUUCCCAAGGGGAUAUGGUCAAUCAUCAUGGAAGCUCCGUAAUUUUUGAGUGGCAUAUUUGACGACCAUCAGUCCAUGUAAUAGUAUUGUUGAGCCACAAGGAUUCUCUCACCAUAUGGCAACCAACAGGAUAGAAAAA